UAUAACCUUGAGGUUAUGGGUUUAAGUCUCGGGGCAACUACUUUGUCUACUAUGCCAAAGGUUAGUGAGUUGUUACAAAGUAACUUUCUGAAUGAACCAAGAGAGAAUAUAGAAGAACGUGAAGCAGCAAUAGAGCUUCGGGAGGGAAUAGAGGAGCAGGAGUUGUUGCUGGAAUGCCUUUUGCUGAUACAACAAAGAAAACAGGAAGCUGCAGAUAAGUUGCAAGAUACAAUUUCCCUUGUAUCUUCUGAUAUAGAUGAAGUUUCAAAGCAGCAGUCAAUUCUUUGGGGAAAAGGGUGCUCUUGUCCAGAACUGGGCAAGGAUUCUGCUUCUGGUCCCCCUUCAAUGGAAUUUGUUGAAAAUGAAGAUUCUAGUUGCUCGGGGUCUAGAAAGAGGUACAGACAAGGGCUUCAGAGUCAUAAUGCAUCGGAAUAUGGUGGUCAUCUACAUGAAGGUCAGAAUUCAGAAGCUCCAGCUGAGAAUCAAGGAAGUAUUCUCUCAAAAAGUUCUCGAUUGAUGAAGAACUUUAAGAAACUGGAGUCAGCUUAUUUUUUGACAAGACAAAGGCCUGUAAAGCCAACAGGGAAAUCGUUAACUCGACAGUCUCCAGUAAGCAGUGAUGGUAGAGGGUCCAUUGUUGUUACUGAAAGAAGUUCUGUCAAUAAUUUGCCCUUGAAUGACCAGUUUAGUGAAGCUAGACAAAGUGGAUGGAUAAAUUCAUUCCUCGAGGGGUUGUGCAAGUAUCUGUCUUUCAGUAAAUUAAAAGUUAAAGCAGAUUUGAAGCAAGGGGAUCUUUUAAAUACCUCCAAUCUAGUAUGUUCUCUGAGUUUCGAUCGCGAUGGCGAAUUUUUUGCGACUGCUGGCGUGAAUAAGAAGAUCAAAAUAUUUGAAUAUGGCACAAUUUUGAAUGAAGAUCGUGAUAUCCAUUAUCCUGUAGUUGAAUUGGUCAGUAGGUCAAAGCUGAGCAGUAUAUGUUGGAAUAGUUAUAUCAAAAGCCAGAUUGCUUCUAGUAACUUUGAAGGUGUGGUGCAGGUAUGGGAUGUUACAAGAAGUCAAGUUUUUAUGGAAAUGAGAGAGCAUGAAAGGCGCGUGUGGUCUGUCGACUUCUCAUUAGCAGAUCCAACAAUGUUGGCCAGCGGGAGUGAUGACGGUUCUGUUAAGCUCUGGAAUAUCAAUCAGGGAGUAAGUGUUGGUACCAUCAAAACGAAGGCCAAUGUCUGCUGUGUUCAGUUUCCUGUUGAUUCUAGUCGUUACCUUGCAUUUGGUUCAGCAGAUCAUAGAAUUUAUUACUAUGAUCUCCGUAACACAAAAAUGCCACUGUGUACAAUGAUUGGACACAACAAAACUGUGAGCUACGUGAAGUUCAUAGAUUCAACAAAUCUUGUUUCUGCAUCGACAGACAACACACUGAAGCUUUGGGAUUUGUCAAUGGCCUCAUCCCGGGUUCUUGACAGUCCUCUUCACUCAUUCACCGGCCACACAAAUGUGAAGGUAUAUAUCUAUAAAUACAUACAUGUAUGUGCACAUAUAUAAAUUAUCAUGGCAUGGGUUGAGAGUGCUGCUAUAUUUUGUUCUGUUCUUAUUAUCAUUGCCUGAACAAUUAAUGUGCUUAUAUAAGCGAUUUGAAGCAAUCAAGCUUAUUAGUACAAAAUUACUAGCAAUAAGUGGUAAGCAUUUUUUUUUCUUCUCUUUUUGAAGUAAUGGGAAGGGCUUCCAAUAGUUGUUGGCUCUCUCAAUUUGUUGGGAUUUUUUUUCCUUUCUAGUUCUUCACAUGCUACUUGAGGUAUUUUAUAUAUGUUGUACUUUUUAUUCAUAGAAUUAAUGUAUCAAUUUCUUGAGAGGUUGCACAUGGGAUUGGUGUAUUUUGGUAUUUUGUUCAUACCAUUUGUUGAUUCUUUAAUUUCUUAACUUAUCUUGCACCAUGGAUGUGCACACAAAUAUUCGAGGAGAAAAAAAGGAAGAACAGCACAUUUCAAUAAUUCUAAGAUGGAAGUUAGAAUUUCAUAGUAACCAUAAUUGGCUCUUGUAUAUUUUUUCUGGCAACUUUCCUGGUUUUCACAGACUUGGUCCAGUAAAGAAGAAAAAGGUGAUUAGUGAAUUUGGAUGAAGAUGCCACACACAGUCACAUCUGUAGUGAAGAUGGACAACUUACGUAUCCAGUAUUCCUUAGGACAAGAAAUUUUUUAACCACUACACAUUGACAUUUGUGUAAAAUUUAUGACCUAAAUUAUAUGUCUUAGUUUUGAAUAGAGUGUAAUCUUUAUUUAUCAAAAAAAUUAUGAGCUAAAUCUUAUCUAUCAGAAAAAUUCGUGUGGUAUAGCUCAGAGUUGGAAACAGGAAAGGUAAGGAAAUGCCACAUUCUAAGUUUCAGACACAUUAGAACAACAUACCAAUAACAGAACCCUAACAGAAACCUAAAUUCCACAUGAAAAACUUCAAAAUUAAAAAUCCAAGUGCUCUGUAGUCAAAGUCCCUAGUUUAUUUCUAUUGAAUUGGAUCGGAUAGGAUAAUCAAUAACCAGAAUUUUUAAAAAAUAAAAUAAAAUAAAAUAAAAUUCAAUAUCUUCAUUGACCCUAAAGUAAAGAUAUGCCUGCAUUGUAUAGAUAAACAUCCAAACAUCAAUAAUUGCAAAGCAUCCCUCAAAGUAUCAGGAAAACCCCAAGAUCCAACAAAGAAAAAUUUGAAGUGACCCUAAUCAAUAAUAGUAAUUCGCAGACAAAGAUUUAAGAAUUAUAAUUCGAAAAUAAAACCCCAAAUCCUGAAGUUACCAAAACCCUAGAUCUGUAAAUAACCUUUCUCAAAUUCAACAAGCAAUCAAGGGCCACAUUAAAAAAUCUAAAACAGCAUAUAUAUCCAUUACACAAAAACACUCAAAACCCUAAAUCAAUACAUCCAACCCAAGAUUUCAAAACCAAGAACGGCCAUUAAAAUUACAAAAAAAAAAAAAAAUAAAAAAUCUGUAUAUACCUGCUUGUACUUCUUUUGCCUCUUCCCAUCCGCAGUCUCGAUCACAAACUCCGUCGAAAAUAUAUUCGUAAGCUUUGCUCCGUACCCGUUCCUCCCACCAGUCGUCUUCUUCGUCAAAUCGUCGUAA